UAGAUUUACUGUGGUGCUCCCACUCCCAGCAAAUCUUUCACAGACCCCACUCAGUUUCUUCUCUCCUUAUCCUUACUCCACCUUCUGCCACACAUACCACUUCUGACCUCAUAAUCCCUCAACUGCAGCCUCAGGCCCCACCCCUAGGGAUGCUGGUUAUCCACAACUGCCAGUAGCUCUCUUUGGGCCCCUUCGGCCUAUGCAAUCCAUCUACCUCUCUAGAUCCCCAAUCCUAUGGGCCCACUUGCAGCUCCCCCAGGACCUCUAGAACACUCUCCUUCCAAAUGACUCAUCAGGCCUCUAUCUGAAGAGUGAGAAGAUCUUGAGAGCAUGUUCAUUUUCAUCACACAUGGAGGGCCACAUGGCCCAUCCCAUGUCUUCUCAGAUAAUCAGCAGUUUCUGGCCAAUAUCAAUUGCUCUGUCCUUCUGUUGAUGCACUACACCCGCAGAAAAGUAGGGUUGCCUAAAACAGACACCAUCGACUUGUGUGAUGAAACAGGGACAAUGAAGAUGUUUUUCGUGAUGAAGACCCCUGGAGACUAUGCCAGCAAAUUCCUUACAGCUCGAAGCACCUACUACGUUUGUAAGGUGGAGCGUGGAGCACGAGGAACCCGACUAGAGAAUGCCUACAAAGCUUUUGUGCCCCUUCUGAAGAAUCCAGAACCUGAGCUAAUCGAAAACUUGCGCUCACAAUGUGAUGUCAUGGAGAAGAAUCGAUUGAAAAUGCUUAAAAUCCAAGAAGCCAAGAAAGUCGUUGCAAUCGAAUCCACUGCGAACGCCCCAUCUAAGUCUACCGGAAGAUCAGAUGAAGAGGGGCCCCCUCCCCCUCGCAGGGGUCUGACCUUUAAGACCAGAGCAGACGUUUUCAGUAGAAGGGAUAGACAUCGCUAACUGAAUAAAGUGACCAAGUGAGAGCAGUAA